AUGAGUUCUGCACCGAAUGGGCGCAGAAAGCGCCCCGGCCGGUCCACCCGCUCCUCGAUCUUCCAGAGCAGCAAGACUCCGCUUCAGAGCGGGGAUUGGGAGCGCAGGGGCAGCGGCUCCGAGAGCGCCCACAAAACCCAGCGAACCCUGGACGACUGCAAGAUGCUUGUUCAAGAGUUCAACACACAAGUGGCCCUGUACCGAGAAUUGGUCAUUUCUAUUGGGGAUGUCUCGGUCAGCUGCCCCUCACUCCGGGCAGAAAUGCACAAGACAAGAACCAAAGGCUGUGAAAUGGCCCGUCAGGCACAUCAAAAACUUGCAGCCAUCUCCGGCCCAGAAGAUGGUGAGAUCCAUCCAGAAAUCUGUCGGCUCUACAUCCAGCUGCAGUGCUGCUUAGAAAUGUACACAACAGAGAUGCUGAAAUCCAUAUGUCUUCUGGGAUCUCUUCAGUUUCAUCGAAAAGGAAAGGAGCCUGGAGGGGAAACCAGGAGUUUGGAUUGCAAAAUUGAGGAGUGUGCUGAAAUACCUGCCCUAGAGGACUCUUCAUCAUCCCCCACAGAUACUCAGCAAAAUUCCUGGCAGGUUUCCACAGACAUUGAGAACACUGAAAGAGACAUGCGAGAAAUGAAAAACCUUUUAAGCAAACUCAGGGAAACUAUGCCUUUACCAUUGAAAAAUCAAGAUGACAGCAGCCUUCUGAAUCUAACUCCCUACCCCCUGGUUAGAAGACGGAAGAGAAGGUUCUUUGGGCUCUGUUGUCUCGUCUCAAGCUAA